GCAAGACCAGGGCCAGAAAGUGGGCUCCACCUGCCCCGGAGGGCCUGAGGGAGGCUAAGGGUGGGGGGAGGCCCUGAAGCCUCUGGGCCUGACUUCCGAGUUGGCUGUUGUGGAGGGCUGGCUAAUGAUUAAUGGGAAUGUGCCCGACUGCUUGGGGCACUCACACCUUCCUGUGUCUCUAGUCCUGCCGGAGAAGUGACACAGCCCUUGGGAGGAACUUCCUGUCACUUGGUGAGGAGUGAUCAGGAAACUUGGGUGGCCAGACAGCACCCAUUCCUGUAUUUGUGUGGAGACAGGAUAGCAGCCUGAGGAGGCUGAGGAGCCUUUUGGGAACUGAAAAUCUUCUCUGAAGCUCUACAGGGGACAUUUGCUGCCUGAGGGUGAGGAAGAUCAUGCGGAGAUGGAGAGCAGCGGGAAUGGCGUCCUGGCCAUGUUGGUCAUCCUGGCCGUGCUGACAGUGUCUGGAUCCAGCUACCAAAUCAUAGAAGGGCCCCAGAAUGCAACAGUGCUGAAGGGAUCAGAGGCUCGCUUCAACUGCACUGUGUCCCCAGGCUGGAAGCUCAUUAUGUGGGCCCUCAAAGGCACAGUGGUCCUGAGCAUUACAUCCCGGGAGCCCAUCAUCACCAACGACCGCUUUACCUCUGCCAGUUAUGACCUGGAUGGGAACUUCGUCUCUGAGAUGAUCAUCCACAAUGUGCAGCCCAGUGAUUCAGGGCUGGUAAGAUGCAGCCUCCAGAACAGUGAUCUGGAUGGAUCUGCUUUCCUCACAGUUGAAGUUGUGGGCACCUUGCACAUCCUCAAUGAUAGCCUUGUAGUUGUUGAGGAUGAACUAUGUAAUGUCACUUGUCAAGCCUUGGGCUGGAUCCCACUCCCGGAUAUUACCUGGGAGAUCGGUGUCCCUGUGAGCCAUUCCAGCUACUCCUCCUUUCUGGAGCCUGGCGACCUUCCACGUGCAGUGAGUGUCCUGGCUCUCACGCCACAGGGCAACGGGACUCUGACUUGUGUGGCCGAGCUGAGAAGUCUGCAGGCCAGCAAGUCUGUAACUGUAACCCUUACUGUGGUUCAGCCUCUGCCAGGACACAAAGCUCAGCACCCACUAGUUAAAGGAGAGGUGCGUUUUGGCUCACACUUUCCCUCUGUGUUCCCCUGGCUCCAAGGAAGAAAUAGUAUUGUAGGAGAGUCUGCUGUGGAGGAGAGCUGCUUGCAACCAGGUGGUCAGGAAACAGAGAAAGAGUUGGGGGAAAUGCACCCUUCCAGGCCAUGCACCCCGGGACCCAACUUCAAACAGGCCCCACCUCCUAGCAGGAAGCCAGCUACUGAACUCAUCAAAGACAGUAUUGAUAAACAAGAUACAUCGUUGCCUACCUGGGCCAUAGUUCUGCUUGCAGUAUCGUUUUCAUUGCUUUUGAUCCUGAUCAUUGUUCUGAUUAUCAUAUUUUGCUGCUGUUGUGUCUCUGGGAAAGAGAAAAAAGAAUCUAGUUAUCAAAACGAAAUAAGGAAAUCUGCAAACUUGAAGACAAACACGGGAGCUCUUGAGACAAAGACGAAAAGUGGGAACGAAAACUAUGGCUACAGCUCUGAUGAGCCAAGGAGUACACACCACGCUCCUCUCCCUCCUAAGUCCAGUGAACUGAACGUUCCAGCCCAGCAUAGCAGCAGCCUUUCUCAGCAGGCACCAGAGAAACAUCGGUCCACCCAGGCAAGUCAUCCACGGGUUUCUUUCAACGUCACCAGUCCUCAGAAGGUCAGGAAUGUAACUUUAGUGUAGUGAAGAUGCGGGCUCCAUUUUUCACUCCACUGACAAGUCAUACUGAGAUGACACUUCAGUCUUCUUUGUGCUGAGCCUGGGUGACAGCUUUGUCAACAUUCCUGAUUGGACCAAGUUGGAGUGCCACAUUGGAACCAUGCUACAUAGCAACAGGAAAAUCACUUUUCCCAGAUUCCAAGUUGAAUUUGACUUUUAAGAUGUGUCAUGGUUUUCAUGAAUUCCUUAAAAGUAAAAUCUGCCAAUUUGUAACAGUGAUGUUUCUCAUCACCCAACACUCCUGCUGGCCAGCUCAGUAAGUGGUUGGAAAGCCUGUGUUCUGCCAUGGCUUAUAAAAUACUUUUAAAUAUAUUAAUGUAAUAUUUAUGUGUCUUUAAUAGGUAGGGGCAUGAGUGCAUAUCAUCUGUCAGUCAAGUAAGAGGAUAAAAAUUAUGAUCAGUCAGAACUCUAAAGCUCACCAGCAAAUUGGCAUUCAAUGGGUUAAAAGUAAGACGUAGUUGAACAAGAGAAGCACAUUCCUAGAUAUCUCAAGGUUGGUAUGGACAAGAGGACAAUCAUUUCCAACUGCUUCUGUUUGGGGACUGCACUCGUCUCCUCAAAUGAGCUAAAUGUGAAUUCUGUCUGGUUAUGGGGGUGAAGUUCACAUACUACAGGCAUCAUUUAAGAAAAAAAAAAAAGAUACGCUUUAAUAAAAAUAAAAACUCCAAAAAUGUUACCUUCUCAGCUCAUUACUAAACAGAUUAUAGUUUAAAGAGUUGUGUGGUGUUUAGGGCUGGCCAGAUAGCUCAGCAGAGUAAAACACCUGCUGAGACUGGGAUUCAAUC